ACAAAAGUAAUAUGUUGUAUAAUACUACCUACAAUAAAAUUGUGUGCAAUUAAUAAUCUUCAAUAAUUCAUUUAAUGGACAUUGAUGUUGUUGUUUUGAUUGCGUGACGUUACUACAAUACAUAUAAUAUAGAAAAAUCAUAUGUUAGAUACUAAAGAAAAUAGUGCAAAAGGAAAUAAACAAUAUAUUGUUGGUGUUGUUCGUAUUAAGAACAAACCGUUAACGUGAUGACACGUUCUUAUGAGCCUGCACCGUCCAUCGAAAAAGACGAAAGUCAACUAAAAAGAAAUGCAGAUGAUGAUAAUGACACCAGUUUCGAAAUUGAUGAGCCCGAUGAUGAAGAAACUAUUUUCGUUGUUAAAGGACAUGCUGUCUAUACGCCUACAAAUGAAACCACGGAAAAGAUACAUUCACGUUUAAAUAGCCCGUCUGGGAAUGAUGGGGAUGAGGAUGAAAUUUCCUUAACAGAGGAGAAAUCAAAAGAUGUUGCACCUAGUACGUCAUCAUGUGUAAAAGAGAGUCAAAAUGCUCAAAAAUUUAACAAUCGAGAUGAGUCCAAUGAAGAUUCGGAUUGUUCAUACGAUUCUUAUACUUAUUCUUCCACGCCAACAACCGCCGAUGUGGCGGAUGUCACGACAGUUACUUUAUACCAUGGCGGCAAUACCAGCUGCAGUAAAAUUAUUAGGCAGCCAUGCAGACGUCUGCCUCCCUCAGCGAAUGUUCUUGUAAUUGCAGUACAAACAAGUCACAUGAACGACAUUGGCUCUGCAACAGAAGAUAAUUGUUCAGGUUCUUUAGAAACAACAACGACUGAUCUCGAAACGGAAAAUGCACCCUCAAUAAGUCCCUAUAACAGACGAGUCACGAGUACUUCUAAUAUGAUGUACAAUUCCACAAUACAUUCCAUACCCUCAGUACUGUUAACACAUCCCUCGGCUGCUUUCCAAGAAACUGAUUCAAAUGUUAUUGAAAUACCUCCUACACGCACUAAUCGCCAUCAGCGAACUAUGUCUUCAACCUCACAACGUUCUAUAGCCUCUCAACAUUCAGUGCACACCGCUAACACAACAUUAUCCAUAACACAACCCAAAAGCCGAAUCUGGACGUGUUUACGAUGGAUCUGUUUAAGGUUUAAGAGUUCCGGCAUAGGAGAACCAAGUGUACAUCAUGCUUUGGUUGUGAUCUUUUUAGAGUUUUUCGCCUGGGGUUUGCUGACGAUGCCAGUUAUAUCGGUAUUAAAUCAAACGUUUCCCGAACACACAUUCCUUAUGAAUGGUCUAGUCAUGGGAAUUAAGGGUAUACUAUCAUUCCUAAGUGCACCCCUGAUCGGUGCUCUGUCAGAUAUCUGGGGUCGCAAGUUUUUCUUGCUAAUAACAGUAUUUUUUACAUGUGCUCCCAUACCUUUAAUGACAAUAAACACAUGGUGGUUUUUCGCAAUGAUCUCAAUAAGUGGCAUAUUUGCCGUCACAUUUUCAGUUGUAUUUGCUUAUGUAGCAGAUGUGACAACGGUUGAAGAACGAUCACGUGCUUAUGGUUUAGUAUCGGCAACAUUUGCCGCCAGUUUGGUAAUCUCACCUGCUCUAGGUGCUGCUCUAAUGGAAAAGUACAGUGAUACAUUAGUCGUUGCUCUAGCUACAGCAAUAGCCGUAUUGGAUGUGUUCUUUAUUUUAGUUGCGGUCCCCGAAAGUUUGCCAGACAAAGUGAGGGGUUCAUCUUGGGGUGCUCCAAUCAAUUGGGAACAAGCGGAUCCUUUUGCAGCUUUGCGCAAAGUUGGCACAGAUCACACCAUUUUGAUGCAAUGUGUUACCGUAUUGCUGUCCUAUCUACCAGAGGCUGGACAAUAUUCGUGUAUAUUUGUCUACUUGAAAUUGAAAAUGGGCUUUAAUACAAUGGAAGUGGCCAUUUUCAUAGCUGUAGUUGGCAUUUUAAGUAUUAGUGUUCAAGUAACUCUAGGAUACUUAAUGCGGAGGGUUGGAGCUAAACGCACUAUUGUAUUGGGACUUAUAUUGGAAAUGACACAGCUAUUUUGGUAUGGGUUUGGCAGCAAGAAAUGGAUGAUGUGGGCUGCUGGAAUAUUGGCUGCUUUGGGUUCUAUUACAUAUCCAGCUAUUAGUGCAUUUGUCUCCAUACACUCUACGGCAGAUAGCCAAGGUGCCGUUCAAGGUAUGGUCACUGGCAUGAGGGGACUUUGCAAUGGUUUGGGUCCGGCUAUGUUUGGAGUUAUAUUUUAUUUAUUCAACGUUGACUUGAAUAAAGAACAAACUCUGCAAGAGAAUGUCGAUGAUGAUAGUUGGUUUCAAUUCCCGGGACCUCCAUUUGUCUUUGGUGGUUUUAUGGUAAUUCUUGCCAUACUCGUAGCACUGUUUAUACCAGAAGUUCAUGGUGAUAUGAAUUUUAUACGUACUCCCAAUGAGAAAAAACGGGCUUCAGUAGAUGUACAAUAUGAAGUGGAAGGUGGUAUAAAACCAACAAGCCCUUUAAUGCGUUCAGAUUCAUUGGCGCAGCUGUAGUAUUGUUACCUAUUAAUAAGAAAAUUAUUGUGUUAAAUUGUAAGCUUAAAAACACACACAAACACAAGAAAAUAACUAGAAUGCUUUUUAUAUAAAUCAAAUAAUGUUUUAAAAAAAAAUACGGUUCUAAUUAUCAUCAAUAUAUUUUUAUUAUUUUCAAUCCUGCCAUUUCUAGGUACAUAUUCUUAUUUAUAUAUUACUGCAUUUGUAAGAAGACGGACAUAACUCAAAAUUUAAGUUUGGUUUCUUGCAAAAUAUUCUUUUAGAUAAUAAUUUUUUCUGUAAAAAGUUAUGUUUCAACCCCAUAUUCAUGAAAUAUAUUAAAAUGUAUUAAAGGUUUAUAAAACAACAUUUUCAUACACAAUUUGGUUUAUAAACCUUUAAAAACUGUAUAUGAAUACAUAUUCGGUUUAACGUUUUAAAACUUGUAAAACUGUAAUCAAAUUUCGAAUUUUUGUUCAAAAGAUCUGAAUAAAACUUAUUUAAAUAUUUUUCGUAAUAAAAUUACUGAAACCAUUCAAAGUACAAUAAUUUCAUUUGAAUGUUUAGUGCUUGAGUUAUGAUGGUCUUUCGACAAAUGAGGUUAUGAGAAUGCGCAAAAGUGGAAGGCAAUAAUUUGUUUUCGAUUAAAAGACUAUUUAAUGACAAAAUUUAUUUUAUUUGAUUUAUUUAUUUAUAACAACUAGUAGUACUACAUAUUUAUUAAUAUAACAAUUUAUAUUUGAAGCCGAAAGUAUUGUUUGUAAUGACAGUAAUGCUGCAUAAUGAUUUGAAUUUGCAAACAUGUUUUUUUGCAGUUACUGACCAUUACAUCUUUGGCGCUUUAGAUUUGAAAAAACACUGUGUCCUUAAAAAUCUUUGCUUAUAGAAACUUACAUAUCGUCACCUAAAACUUAAAGGGCUCUAACUAAUAUUUGAAUAAUUUUACAGGAAAUUUAAAACAAGUGUUCAAUUAAAACAUAUAUUUGACUUUAUUUUUGAUAUUUAAAUUUGCUUUUAUUUUGUAAUGAAAAUCCAUUUUAUUUGUAUACCUCAUCAUGAGCUUAUCAUUCCGUUUAUAAUUUCCACAUUUUUCAUAUGCUAUUAAAAUUCGGGAAAAUCGGCCAACAAAUAAAUGGCUGUAAUAUAAGAAAAAAAAGUACUGGAUCGUUGUAUAUAGCGGAUUCGAUAUAGCCAUGUCCGUCUGUAUGUUGAAAUCAACUUUUCGUAGCCCUCAAAUAACUUAAAUACAUGAUUCAUACAUCAAUAUAUCGGGAAUUCUCUCGGCUCUGUGGCUAUUUAAAAUCAACACAAUCGGCCCACAAAUGGCUGAGAUAUAAGGACAAUAUGAAUAUUCAAUAAUAGAUAUUUCAAAGACCUUUGCAACGGCAUAUAUAAGUAAGUCGGAACUUCAGAAAAAAUAUUUUUUACACCGAUUUUUUUGUUUUCCUAAAAAAAAUUUUUUUUAAUAAAAUUUGGUUCACUAAUAAAUUUAAAACUUUUUUUAUAAAAUUUUGUUUACCUAAAAUUUUUAUUUUAAAGUAUAAUAUGGUGAAGGGUAUAUCAGAUUCAGCACAGCCGAAUAUAGCUCUCUUACUUGUUUUUUAUUUAUUUCAAACAGUAAUAUAAAAAGCCUCUUGAGGGUCAAUAAUAAUUAAAAAUUCAAAUAAUAAUUCAGGGAUCCUUGUUGCACUGAAUACCCGUUAGCCGCAUUGAUUUUUAUUUGUUUAAGGUCCAUGCAACAUUUUCUCUUUCAGUUUAUAGUCGAAUAAUUAGUUAAUACAACAUUAAAUCUUACAAAAAAAAAACUUUUUCACAAAUAAACACUUUUCACAAAAUAUUUUUUUUUUCGAAAAAACACAAAUUUUUUUUCACAAAUAAUAAGAAAAAUUAACAAUUUUUCUAAAAAAAAACAACUUAUAAUUUUUUGUUCCUAUUUCAACCAUGUAUGGACCAUUGGACUGGUAUUCAAUAACGAAGUUUUGUGAUGCUUCAUAAUGUUGAUUUUAACUAAUAGAUAUCGUUUAUUAGAAUUUGUUUUAUUUUUAAUUUAAUCUAAAGAAAAAAAAAAACUAAAGACAUUUAUAAUUAAUUAUUUAAAUAUUAGCCGGAGUCUUUUUCAUUUUAGGUAAAGAUAUACUUACUUACUUCUAGGUAGUUAUCAUUUUAUUUAUAAAUCCAAUCCCAGUUUUUGGCUAUUAGUUAAGAAACUUUUUAUAUUUUCUAAAUUGUCUGUAUAUGUUUGAUUUACACAUCAAAAUAGAUUUUGUAUUUUUUUUUAAAUUUCUCUAGGCUUUUAAACAUUUUUUAAAAGAACUUUUUCGCGAUAUCUUUAAACCAAGUUAUUUUAUUAUUUGCCAUAUUCGGAAUCAACCUAGAAAACAUUAUUAGAAAAUAUGUAUCCAUUUCUUUGCUUUAUAUUAGUUAGUAUUAAUGGAUUUUCUGGCCGAUUAAAUAUUUACAGCCUUAUGUAUAUCAAAGCUUCGAAUUAUUUAAUUGAAUUUAAGCUUAAUAUACAGAAAUCUUAAUUCAGAAUUAAAGAAAUCAGCAAAUCAUUUCAUUAAACCAUUCCUAACAUAACAAAUUCUUAAGCUUAAUUCAAAGGCUUUUAUUUGAAUAGAAUUCAUUCAUUGUUGAAUUAAUUCAUAAUAAAUUUCAUUCUACCUUUGAAUCAUUAAAUUUUUGUUAAUUCAAAACGAAUUUAUUUAAUAUGAUUUUAAAAAUUGAAUUAAGAAUUAAUUCUUUCGAAGCUUGAUGUAUAUAUAACUAGCGAUCUUGCCAUCUUUCCCUAAUGAAAAUUUACACACAAAAAAAGUUUGAACACCAGAAGUUCAUGCAUAGAUACAGCUGUUAAUAUUUUAGUUGUAAUAUUUUUUCAGCAUCAUUUAGGCUUAAGUGAAUUAAACAAAUCGUUAUGAAAAUUGUGAAGAUUUCUUUUCCAGCAAAAGUGUUGCCUUGUUUACCCUUAAAUGGUUUUCAGAAAAAAGGGCAACACAACAAAAUUUGCUCUCGAUUUACAUGCAGUAUGAGAAUGUUACCUUCUUUAAGUAAACUCUAAUAUUUUAUUUGUAAAACGAACUCAAUAGUUAUUCCAAUUAUUGUUUUUAAUAAAAAUUAAACAAUUUGCCUACUACUGCUAAAAAAACAUAAACAUACAAAUUAUAAACAUUAUUAAUGUUCUAACCUGUAGCAGGGCAACAUUUUUUGAGAUAAGAAAACUCCAUUAGUCACCUAAGCGACGAUAUAUCGAAUGUGUACGAAUUAAACUACAACAAAUUUCAAUGUUUUUUUUCGAUUCUUGCUUCGACGGUUGACUUUUAAAAUGUUUAUAUUUUUUUGUAAAAAUAAUUUUUUUAAACUUUACUAUAUAUAAAAUGAUGCAACCCAACAAACAUCACAUUAAAAAUACUUGCCAUUGUUUAUUUGAAAUAAAUUGAGUCUUGCUUUAUUUUUUCUGUUUACUAACUAAAAAUGUUACUAAUACUAUACAUAUUAUUUCCCAAAUAAAAAAAUAAUAAUUUAGACAAUAAGCUAUUUUGUAAUUGUACAUACAUUUGAUAUAAUGAGCGAACUAACAAUCUGGGCGAAUGCGAGUUGUUCAGAGAAUCUAAAUCAUGUAAUAUGUAGACAUGAAUGCUUAUAUUUCUUGUUUGUUCUUUAUAAAUUUAGUUGUAAACACACACAGAUUACACAGAUAAAUAUAAAACUAUAAUUAAUAAAUUAGAUAUAGAGCAACUGUUAUGAACUGUUAAACAAACAUACAAACAAAUAUCCAAUUAUUUUUAUCAAACGAACGCAUAAUCUUCGAAAAUUGUGUCCAACGGUUGGCAUUCGCAAACAUAUGAAUAAGUUUGUCAAACUGUGAUGAUGAUCGAAAUGGAAAUUAAUAAUGGUGAUGAUUUUUUGUGUUUUAUUUUAUGGAAUGAUGAUUAUAAAAAUAUGUAUUAUGAAUUGUUUUGUAUUAAUAAAUGUGUAAAUAAUCUUAUAGUAUGUCAAUCGUUUGGAUGUCAAUUAUCAAAUAAUAUACAUACAUACAUACACCUACAUACAUACAUAUAUUUCUUUAUAAGUUUUAAAAUAUGUAACAACAAUAUAGAGUAUUUUGUAUUUGUUUUGUGAAAUUUAAGCUCAUCUAACUAAUAAUUAGUCCUUCAGAAAUAUGUAUUUGUCUUAUGUUGGUGCUAAAUCAAUUAUUUAUUAAUAAUCUUAAUUUAAUACACUUUGACAAGUUUUAAUUGAUUACGGGUAUAUGAAUAUAAGCCGAUUUGAUACCAAUAAUAUCUUUCAAGAUUUGGUUAGCAAAUUUUAUUUAAUUAGAAGACCAUGUUCACAUUCCAACAUUCGUUGGCUAUCUUAACUAUAUACAUUUCUAUGAAUAAAUUUAAGUUAUGAAAUUCUAAAAUAUUUUUUUUAAUUAUUUGUUAAAAUUUUAUUUUAUAAAAUUAUAUAUAAAAAAAAUACACAUAAAAUUUCCUGUUUUCGCAAAAAAGUUCUUAGUUUUUUCUUUCCCAGUGUGAUAUUUGGCAUAAAAUGUAUUGUUCAAUAUUAAACAAAAACAAGGAAUAAUUCUCAUCUUUAAGCUUCUUUCUCAUUUUAGUACAAUAAAUUAAUAUACUAGAAAAAAAAAAUUAGUAUGAAUAGUAAUUAUAAAGAUAAUAUCGAUGGUCUGGUGUUGAUAACUCGUUAACAAAAUAAUCUAAUUCAGUUGAGUCUUAAAAUUAACUUCCUAUAGAAAAAGUCAAACUAAUUUUUUGAACUGCUAUUUUACAUCGUGUACCUUGUUCGGAAUUAUAAGGAUCUUUAGCCCGUUAUCACUUACGAAGUGUCAAUAAUAAAAAAAUAAUUUGAUGCCUGGUAACUGAUGUAUUUGACAUUAUUAUCUCAUGCUGUAAUUAGAUCUUCAGUUACGAGUUGUCAUCUUUUGACCAACGAUAUAUUAUACACAUAUGUAUAUUGUUUUUAAAAUUGAUUUUAUUUAAUUGCCUAGCUUAUUUAAAAUUGGUUUUGUAUGAACUAUCAAAGCUAAAGUUAAUCUAGUAGCAUCGUUCUUUUAGAUUAUGAAAUGCAUAAAUUUUUGUAAAAACACAACAAUAAUUUUAAGUAUUACUUUACACUACAAAAUUAUAAUUGCUAAGGAAACAAAUAAAAUAAAAAGUUUAAUUUCGUUAA